CACGUACACACAGUUAUUUAGACGCCUCUUCAGCUGCUCAUCCUUUACAUUGUGAUAGACGUCCGUUGCAGCUGCAAUGAUACAUUGUACCGGGGGAAGCACGAGUUGAUACAGUUGCGUUGAUCUGCAGUCAUUAGGGAUCAAAGUGAGCGCGGGGCCGCUCGGUGGACACCGUCACCCGCCGACCGACUGGAAGAGCGGAGCAACACGUUAACGUUACACCAAAAUGGCAACCCUCUGUGUCACAGAUGAAUCCGAUGAGGCCUUUUCUGAAUUCGGGAAAUACAUUUCUGCUACUCAGCGACCUGAUGGAACAUGGAGGAAGCCGAGGCGGGUGAAGGAUGGUUAUACUCCACAGGAAGAAGUGCCAGUCUAUGAAAACAAAUUUGUGAAGUUUUUCAAGAGCAAAUCCGACCUGCCACCUGGGAUGAAUCUGUCUGAGGGGGCUCCGACAAAGCAGCAGCAAGAGAUUCUCUGCGGGGACAACGAGGCGGCUGGUCUCUCAAAGGCUGCCAAACGCAACAUGAAACGUAAAGAAAAACGAAAACAUCAACCGCACGAGGAUGUGGACUCGGUGAGCAACGACAUCGAGAAUAUGUCUAUUUCACAGAGCGACAAGUCUUCAAACAAGACGGCGGUGGCGGUUUCUGUCUCGUCUCCCAAUGAUUACUCGGCAGAAGCAGACGAAAAGGCCAAGAAGAUAAAAAACCUGAAAAAGAAGCUGCGGCAAGUUGAAGAAUUGCAGCAGAAAAUGGACUCGGGGGAAAUAACAGAGCCAACAAAGGAUCAGUUGGAAAAGCUGCUUCGGGUUCAGGCCUUACAGGAUGAGUUACAGCAGCUUGAGCGUGAUUCUUGAAGCAAUAAAGGAAAGCAGAAGAGUCGGACGGACUAAACAUACAGACUGCAUACUGAAAGACAGGGAAGGGACCGUUGCAGCUUUGUGGUCAUGGCUUCCAUUAAACAUUAUUCUACCUAUUUGAUAUUCAUCAUGAACUCUGGAAGUGAACACAGUCCCAGCGCCUUUCAAGCCGAGAAUGACAGGAAGUCCUCGUAGUAGGCACCACAUCUUCAAUACUGAUGAGCCUGUUUUCUAAUUUCAUAUCUCCAUAACAAUAUCACUCCUGCUCAUACAUUUAAUAAUAUCUUUUCAAGACUUCAUUGUAAAUAGCUUUGUGCGUUUCUGUUCUUUUCCAUUUUUUUACCUUUCAUCAGGUAUUACUGAUGCAUUAUCUUGUGUGAGAGAACAUAGUUUAUUGACUUGUCAAAAAAAAUGUUUUUGUCUGAUUGGAUGGCCUCUUGUCGUGGCACUAAUGGUAAUCCACUCUACACAGUCAUCACAUUACAACUACAUGCUGCGUUGAAUGUUUAUCUCUUAUUGUUUUUAGUGGUGGAGUGAACAACUCUUAUUUUGGAAGGCAGGAUGUAAAACAAAUCUUUAUUUUGGUGUCAGUGAUACACUUAAAGGAUAAUUCUGGUAAUAUUGUUUAUUUUUUCUAUUGUCAACAAAUCCCAUAAGAUGAGUUAAUUAAUUAAUUGAUCCUACCAAAAGUAUUGUCUCUGUAGCCAAAGCCUGGUGGAGUUUAUUCCUCUGUGCCAUAGAGCUCCAUUGUUAAUUCUUAAAAAUGCAAUAAAAUACAUCAAUGAGCCACACUGUU